AUGGAUCACCGCGGUUCCUUCUUUUUCUUCCUGGUCGUUUUCUACCUGCUCCUCAGCUCCCAAUCUCACCCCCCUUUGAUUUCUCAGGACCGAGAACGUCAGCGGGAAAUCGCGAGGGAAAAAGAUGCGCUUCGUCUGCUGAAUGAGUCCAAGUAUGGAGACUUUAACCCACCGGCUGAUCGAUGGCUGCCUUUUCCGGGAGUGAGGAAGAACGACAGUUACGCUUGGGAGAUUCUUUCGGAAGUUCAGGAUAGGGCGCGCUAUCAGCUACGGUCGGUUAUCUCAAAUGCUGGGUUGGAUGUUCCCAAAGGUCUCGAUGACCCGGCCGAAUCGCAGGCGCUCAAUCUGACGGAGUUCCUUCUCCCCGUCUACCGUAAUACGACUGGUAAACUGCGCGGAGAUUGGGUGCGGCGCAAGCUUGAGAAAGCUCAUCACCCAUUGAAUAAAACUGCCAUCGUACUGGAGAAUGAAUAUUUCACGCACGAGUUUAGCCACAAUGUCACUGGCAAUACGGGAUCCUUCUAUCUAGACUUGCGCGAGGGAGGUGGCGAAGAGCUUCGGCUGCGCAAUGGCCACAUUCGUGAGAUUCGAGCGACUUUAGCCGUGGAAAAUGGUGACUUUUGGGGAAAUACAUGGUACCUGCCUUUAUUCGGUAUCCAUUUCCCAGAAACAGGGGCCAUUAUCCUGACUACAACGAGUGAGAAGUUCGGUGGGAUUUUUACCUUGCCACAUUUGGCACUUACAUCAGAUGCAUACGACCUUUCGCACCAGCUACUCAUGAAGUCUCUCUCGGAUACAAUAUCUGAGAAACAAAACCGGGCUCCUACGCUUUUCCCCUGGUCUUCGCUUGUUGGGGCGGAGCAGGUGGAGUUCCCUGCGCCGAAGUGCGAGCACAUAGUCUACCUACAACAGCAUCCGGUUGCCGUCCAUGACUACCUUGCGGAGAGGCAAGUCAUCGAACAGAUUGAGCAGGAGCUCAGAUUCCCUAUGGGCGCACCGAUCCCCUCUCCUCCACCUAUGGUCAUGUCAGCCGUUGUCUUUUCUCCCGACUGCGGGUACGUCCUUGAGACUAAGGGCGCGCCUGAUUACUCGCCCACUGAAGCACUGUACCUAUCCGGGCCAAAGCUGGAGCAGUUUGGAAAAUCCUCAGCUCGAAUAAUAUUCGUAAUAUGCGGUAUCUCUGUUGCACAAAUUGCCCUACUUUUGCGGCAGGUCAAGGAGGCUUCAACACCUUCCACCAGGAGUCGUAUCAAUUUCUAUACGAUUGCAUUAAUGGCCUUUGGAGACUCAUUCUUACUCGUGUUCAUGUUACUGGAGCUAUAUCCAGCGGUCUCCUUCUUACUCUUGACGACCGCAUCAUUCCUUACUUUCCUUUCGGUCAGCUACAUUGGAAUGAAAUUCAUGAUGGAAAUAUGGGCGGUCCAGGCACCGGAACGACGGGAACAGGACCGCCGAUCCAACCCUUCAGCAACAACAGCACGCCCAGCCAGUCUACCAUUACCCGCCACCACACGACUUAGAGACUCCGGUGCAACGCCUAUCAUCCUAACCCCAGACCAGGAUCCUCCAGAGGAGGAGGAUGAGCCGCCUCCGAAUCGUAGCACCACACCGACAGCCCGAGAGACCCGCAGUGAUGUAGGAGCCAUGUAUGCACGGUUUUAUUUUAUCUUAUUCGUCAUGCUCAUCAUUUCCAUUUGGUCUUUCCUAUGGCCCAAUCGACUAGGAGCGCUGUAUGCCCGAGCUCUCGGGUUCGUAUACCUGUCGUUCUGGACCCCUCAAAUUUACCGGAAUGUUGUGCGCAAUUGCCGCAAAGCUCUGCGCUGGGAUUUUGUGGUUGGUCAAAGUUUCCUGCGCCUGUUCCCUUUCAUGUAUUUCUUGACUAUGCCUGGUAACGUGUUAUUCGUUCGACCCGACCCAACAACAGCUAUGGCACUGGCCGGAUGGGUGUGGAUACAGGUCUGGAUCUUGGCAAGCCAGGACAUUCUAGGGCCGCGCUUCUUCGUACCUCGAGGUUGGGCACCGGCAGCCUAUGAUUAUCACCCUAUUGUACGAGAUGCUGCCGAGUCGGAUGCUGACCUGGAGUCAGGUGGAGUUCUACCAAUUGGAGCGUUGAGAGCAGAUGAAAGGGAUUAUGAUAUCAAAGAGGAUGACAAACAACGCCCGAAGGAUAAGAAAAAGGCGAUAUUCGACUGUGCAAUAUGCAUGCAGGAAAUUGAGGUGCCCGUCCUUGCAGCGCUCGGUGCUCCUGGAGGCAGCAGCAUGACAGAUGGAGCUACAAGUAUCCUCAGCCGUCGGACGUAUAUGGUCACUCCUUGUCGACAUAUCUUUCACAGCACAUGCUUGGAAAGCUGGAUGCGACUCCGACUUCAGUGUCCUAUUUGCCGAGAGUCUAUCCCUCCUGUAUAA